GAUUUGAUACUAAAAUAUAUAUUAGCUUUUUCAAAAUGGCUACUGCUGAUUCAGAGUUUGAGCCUUUGGCCCCUUCUUUGGCCAAUGUAAUCGAACAGCAGUCUUUACGAUGGAUAUUUGUAGGAGGGAAAGGCGGUGUUGGUAAAACUUCAUGCAGCUGUAGUCUUGCGAUCCAACUGGCUAAAGUGCGAGAAACUGUACUUAUCAUCUCCACAGAUCCUGCACAUAAUAUUUCAGAUGCCUUUGAUCAGAAGUUCAACAAGGUUCCAACUAAAGUGCGGAGCUUUGAAAACCUGUUUGCAAUGGAAAUUGAUCCUAAUAUGGGAUUCUCUGAGUUACCAGAAGAAUAUUUUGAGGAACAAGAUGUGCGCAGUAUGGGCAAGGCCAUGAUGCAGGAGCUGAUGACGGCAUUCCCAGGUAUAGAUGAGGCUAUGAGCUACUCUGAGGUCAUGAGGUUGGUGAAAAAGAUGGACUUCUCAGUGGUUGUGUUUGACACUGCUCCUACUGGUCAUACUCUCAGAUUACUCUCAUUCCCUGCAGUUGUGGAGAAAGGAUUGGGAAAAAUAUUAAGCCUAAAAAAUAAAAUUGGCCCAUUUAUCUCACAGAUGGCUGGUAUGAUGGGCAUGGCUGACAUGAAUGCUGAUACUAUGACACAGAAGUUAGAAGAAAUGUUGCCAACUAUAAGACAAGUCAAUGAGCAGUUCAAGAACCCAGACCAGACAACAUUUGUGUGUGUUUGCAUAGCUGAGUUUCUCUCCCUUUAUGAGACUGAACGCCUAGUACAAGAACUAACAAAGACUGGUAUAGACACUCACAAUGUUAUAGUCAACCAGUUAUUGUUUAAGAAAAAGGGAGAGAAACCGUGUGGAUUGUGUGCUUCGAGACAUAGAAUCCAAUCCAAAUAUCUUGAUCAGAUAGAGGAUCUUUAUGAGGACUUCCACAUAGUUAAAAUGCCACUCUUAGAUCAUGAGGUGCGUGGAAUAAAACAUGUCAAAGAGUUCUCAGAACUUUUAAUCCAUCCUUAUGACCCAGAGACAAGUACUGUGAAUGGAACAUAGGGUAAUAAAGGAGAAUAAGAAAUAUUAUUUGAUAUGGGAUUUAUUACACACCUGCAGUAGAGCUUGGAAGCCAAACAAUGCACCUCUGAAACAUGUGUCCAGGACAGUAACUUUUUAAAGUUCAGAUUUUGAAUGCCAAAUAUCCUUUCUAUAGAUUGGUCACAUGUGGCGAACACACUGUGUUGUUUGUCAUCAAUUUUAUUUUCCAUAAUGUCUUUGAUGAUGUUUACCUUCAAAAGGUUUUGUUGACGUUGGUACAUGUGAAGAAUGGUACAGUAUGAUCUGGUAAAUAUGAAAUAUAUAAUUCUGUUGAGAUACAUUUUUAUCCCAUCGAACGAAGUUCGGAGGGAUAUAGGGAACGCCUCCAUCCGUCUGUCCGUCCGUCUGGGCAAUAACUCAAAUAUUGUUGGCCUGAUUUUGUUCAUAUUUUGUACACAUAUACCCUAUGGGGAUAGAAGUUCUGCUCGAAAGCCAAUUUUCAAAAUGGC